UUUUGGCUCAAGCUGCGCGAGCGGAGCUGCCCUCGCCCCGCCCUCGGCCGGGCCCGCAGGCAUCUGGCAUUUCGGCAACCGGGCCAGCAUGCUCGUCUUGGUGGUGGCGUGCAGCGGGCGCGAGCUCGCGGCCGUGGAGGCCGACCCGUCGUGGCAGCUGGGCGACCUCCUCGCGGCGAUCCCCGAGCAGGAGGAGGCGGCCGGCCACAAACUACGCAUCCUGUUCGGUGGGGCUGAGCUGUGCGGCGCCGCGACGCUGGGCGAGAUCGGUGCCCAGGGCGGCAGCGAGCUGACCCUCGUGGUCACCAGGAGGCGCCGCAUAGUGACGUGCGGCGGCGGGAGGGUGGUGGCGAAGGUCUGGGACGCCGACUCCGGGGAGUGCCUGCGGGCGCUGGAGGGCCACCAAGACUACGUGAUCUCCGCCGUGUUCUCGGCGGACGGGCAGCGGGUGCUGACCGCCUCGGCGGACGAUACGGCGAAGAUUUGGGACGCCGACUCAGGGGAGUGCCUGCGGACGCUGGAGGGCCACCAACACUACGUGAAUUCCGCCGUGUUCUCGGCGGACGGGCAGCGGGUGCUCACGGCCGCGUGCGACCUGACGGCGAAGAUCUGGGCCGCGGACUCCGGGGCGUGCCUGCGGACGCUGGAGGGCCACGGGCACUGGGUGAUGUCCGCCGCGUUCUCGGCGGACGGGCAGCGGGCGCUGACCGCCUCGGAGGACGGGACGGCGAAGAUCUGGGCCGCGGACUCCGGGGAGUGCCUGCGGGCGCUGGAGGGCCACCAAGACUACGUGACCUCCGCCGUGUUCUCGGCGGACGGGCAGCGGGUGCUCACGGCCUCGGAGGACGAGACGGCGAAGAUCUGGGCCGUGGACUCCGGGGCGUGCCUGCGGACGCUGGGGGGCCACCGGGGCGUCGUGAGGUCCGCCGUGUUCUCGACGGACGGGCAGCGGGUGCUGACCGCCUCGUGGGACCGGACGGCGAAGAUCUGGGCCACGGACUCCGGGGCGUGCCUGCGCACGCUGGAGGGCCACGAGGGCUGGUGGUUGAGGUCCGCCGUGUUCUCGGCGGACGGGCAGCGGGUACUCACGGCCUCGUCGGACGAUACGGCGAAGAUUUGGGACGCCGACUCCGGGGAGUGCCUGCGCACCUUGGAGGUCGAGGGCGACGUGAAGUCCGCCGUGUUCUCGGCGGACGGGCAGCGGGCGCUGACCGCCUCGGACGACGGGAUGGCGAAGAUUUGGGACGCCAACUCCGGGGAGUGCCUGCGCACGCUGGAGGGCGCCGGGGACAGGGCCCGCUUCGCGCCGUGA